UGGAAUCCAAAUUCCCAGGAGUUGGCGACGAAUUCAUUUCCCUAGCCUGAUUCAAUGAGGCUCACUUCCAUGAAACACUUCAAAGAAACCCUAAACCACUGCUCAACCUCCUCCUCCUCCUCUUCUUCUUCCUUCACGGCGUCGUCAUUACCGUCCGACCGACCCGAACCGACUCUGCUUCCAAGGAGGCCGCCGAAGUCCACCAUAGCGCAGCAGCUUCAGAGGCUUGGAGUUGGUGACUUCUUUCCUGGUGCCGAAUUACAACGUUCGGUGACUCAGCAGACCCAGAUCAAGCAAACCCUUCAAAGUCAAACCCAGGUUCGUAAUUCUCAAGAACCUGGAGGAGAAGAAGAAGAAGAGGAGGAAGAGGAUGGAGACGAGACGAAGUUCGCAGAUUUCGGGAGGCGUGAAUCGGGUCGAUUUCAGUUUGAUCAUACUGGGCCCUUUGAGCCUUUGGUCCUGUCUUCACCUGCAGAGUCCCCUGUUGUGCAGGUUCCUGCAUCUAUCAACUGUAGGCUGCUGGAACAUCAGAGGGAGGGUGUGAAGUUUCUCUACAAGCUCUACAAGUGCAAACAUGGAGGUGUUCUUGGUGAUGACAUGGGACUUGGCAAAACAAUUCAAACAAUUGCAUUCCUGGCAGCUGUCUUUGAAAAGGACGGAGAACCUGGUGAAUCCUCCGUUUCAAAGCAAACUUGCUCGGACCCUAAGGGCCCUGUUCUAAUCAUCUGCCCUAGUUCUGUUAUCCAAAACUGGGAGACGGAAUUCUCUAAGUGGGCGACAUUUAAUGUUGCUAUGUACCAUGGCUCGAACCGUGACUCGAUCCUCGACAAACUUCCAUCUCGUGCAGUCGAGGUAGUCAUUACCAGUUUCGAUACUUACAGAAUCCAUGGUACCAUCUUGUCAGAUAUCAAAUGGGAGGUUGUAAUUGUUGAUGAAGCACACCGCCUUAAAAAUGAGAAGUCAAAGCUGUACACAGCUUGCUUACAAAUCAAAACCCCCAGGCGUAUUGGUCUCACAGGGACCGUGAUGCAAAACAGGAUAAUGGAACUUUUCAAUCUCUUUGAUUGGGUUGCUCCCGGAUCCUUAGGAACACGGGAACACUUCCGAGAUUACUAUGAUGAACCUCUGAAGCAUGGCCAGCGGUCGACAGCUCCAGAGAGAUUUAUCCGGAUUGCUGAUGAGCGGAAAGAGCACCUUGUAGCGGUCCUUGGGAAAUAUAUGCUUAGGAGGACAAAAGAAGAGACUAUUGGCCAUCUUAUGAUGGGGAAGGAAGAUAAUGUAGUUUUCUGUGCCAUGAGCGAAUUGCAAAGACGGGUUUAUCAGAGAAUGUUGCAGCUACCAGACAUCCAAUGCCUUAUAAACAAAGACCGACCCUGUGGCUGUGGUAGUCCUCUAAAACAAGUCGAAUGUUGUAAAAGGACUGUACCAGAUGGAAUAAUCUGGCCUUACCUACACAGGGAUAAUCCUGAAGGUUGUGAUUCGUGUCCCUUCUGCCUAGUUCUUCCUUGCCUUGUCAAGCUUCAACAGAUCAGCAAUCAUUUGGAGCUGAUUAAGCCUAAUCCCAGGGACGAACCAGAGAAACAGCAAAAAGAUGCAGAGUUUGCCUCGGCAGUCUUUGGUCCUGACAUUGAGUUGGUGGGAGGGAAUGCACCGAGUGAGAGUUUCAUGGAUCUCAGCAAUGUUAAGCACUGUGGAAAGAUGCGUGCUUUGGAGAAGUUGAUGUCUUCUUGGGCUACAAGGGGUGACAAGAUUCUUCUGUUUAGCUUCUCUGUCAGGAUGCUGGACAUAUUGGAAAAGUUUCUUAUACGGAAAGGCCAUAGCUUUUCAAGACUUGAUGGUUCUACCCCAACCAACACGCGCCAAGCUCUGGUUGAUGAUUUCAACUCAAGUCCAAGUAAACAGGUGUUUCUGAUAUCUACCCGUGCCGGCGGGCUUGGGCUGAAUCUUGUGAGCGCGAACAGAGUUGUGAUAUUUGAUCCCAAUUGGAACCCAGCCCAGGAUUUGCAAGCCCAAGACAGAUCCUUCCGCUUUGGGCAGAAGCGCCACGUCGUGGUUUUCCGCUUGCUAGCGGCAGGUUCUUUCGAGGAGAUUGUGUAUUCCCGUCAGGUUUACAAGCAGCAGCUGUCCAAUAUUGCCGUCUCCGGCAAAAUGGAAAAACGUUACUUUGAAGGCGUUCAGGAUUGCAAAGCAUUUCAGGGCGAGCUGUUCGGAAUCUGCAAUCUGUUUCGUGAUCUAUCUGAUAAGCUUUUCACCAGUGAGAUCAUUGAACUGCACGCGAAACAGACCAAACAACAAGUAGACCAAAGCACCAGCACAAGGCAGGAAACAGCGGAGAUUGGGUCCCGUUUUCUUCCUGAACAGCUAGGGAUUACAAACUUAUCGAGUACCGCGACUGAUGCUCGUGGAGAUCUCGAGAGGCCUGUGCUUGAAGAACUUGGUAUCCUGUAUGCUCAUAGGAAUGAGGACAUUGUCAACUACGGACAGGGAACGACCAAAGAAACUGAAGAAGAAAAGAGGAUCUCGGAGAAGGGUAGCUUGGCGAUUUCUGUUAAUAAACGGAGAAGGAAACAAGAUGAUGCGGGUGGCAAAGAGAAUGGCUCGGAAAUCGAGGAUUGGAAGAAGAUGCAGUAUGGUCUCGUGGCUGAAUUCAUGGGCAUGGAAGUACUGGAAUUCAGCAAAUGGGUACUUUCAGCAACUCCUUCAGAAAGGAACAACUUGCUCCGGAGUUUCAAGAAAAAGAAGCUUAAGAUGCCCAAUGGCUGA